CGUACACUUUUCUUCUUCAAGUCUUCCUGUUCCUGUUCUUCUUCUCCUAGUUCUUCAGUUACUUUAUCCUCCUUUCUAACUUCACUUAUUCAUCACAUUUUUCGUUUAAUCCUCUUCAUGAUCCGCUUCAUCGUUAUCGCCCCUUCUAUCAUUUUCUUCUUUCCCUCUUCCCUCCUCGCCUUCCACCCUUCCACCUCCCCAUAUUACUCAAUAUCUUCCUCACUGUCCUCUUCAAUAUCUUCUUCAACUCUUACAUUUUCUCAUCUUAUACCUUCCAAACCCUUCUUCCGUUCUUAAAUUCUUUUAUCCUUCCCCUCCUCCUAUUCUUCAUUCUCCAAUUCCUUUACUUGAAAAAUGCGGCUGGCAGCUAUGGCAAUAGUUUUUAUAUAACGGACAUAGUAACAACUGGGUGGCAGUGAGUGGACAUUGGUCACACGCUUCCGUCCACCCUCUCCUCUCUCCAAUAUUUUUUCAAAAACUUGCACUUUUCUUUUGCACUUUAAUCGUCCUUUUUAUAGUUGCGGCUGGCACGAACUGACGCCGACCGUUGGUAUUUUUGAGUUUGUGCCAAAUCCAACAAAAACGUUUGGACAUGUAAUUCUUUGAAAAAGAAUGCAAAAAAGAAAGAAAAUAAGAGAACUCACAGAAAUUGAGGAAAUAAAGCAAAAAGAAUUGAAAAAAGGAGCAAAAAGUGCAAAAGAUUGGGGGACUUUAGCAAGAGUACACUGCAGUCUUUAAUUUAUAUCUUUGGAAUGGAUGGACCGAUUUGAAUGAUUU